AUGUCCAGUCUAUUCGCAAGGCUCCCGGCGUGGCUCCGCAGCGACGGGAGCGGCGCCUGCUACGGCGUCUCGGCGUCCUUAGUGUCCGCGCUCCUGUUCUGCGUGCUCGUCGCCACCGCCAGCGUCUGGAAGGCCUUCCUGUUCGCCGGCCUGGCGCUGGCGGCCUUCGGGCUCGUGGCGUGUCUUGCGCCCGAGAGAGGGCGGGGAGGCGGCGUCACCGAGCGUGAGGUCACGGCGGGCGUGCCUUGGGCGGCGGCAUGCCGGAAUGGGCUCGGUAAGGCCGCGACCGACGCGUUGCCCACGUUCGCGUACGCGUCCAGUGGCGCCGCCGAGGCCGGCGGUGGAGACGUCCUCGACCUGGAGUGCGGGAGCGACGGGCAACAGCCGUGCUCCGUGUGCUUGGAAGACCUUGAGGACGGCGAGAUGGUGCGGCAGCUGCCGGCAUGCAAACACCUCUUCCAUGUCGGGUGUAUAGAUAUGUGGCUGCACUCGCACACGACUUGCCCUGUUUGCCGGUGCGACCUCUCGCCACCGCGGAUGGUUACUGCUAAAGGGGCGGCUGUAGAAAUGGAACCGCCGGCUGAUGAUGCGUUGCCGCCUGUGUAG